CUGUCUCAGUGCAGGGAUAAAUUUAGACAUGGCCCUCGAAGUUUCUGUGAUUUGCAGGCGGUCACUGAUGAUUGCAGAGGCUGCAGCUUCUCCCUCCCGCGAUCAGGUUCCGCUUGCACUUUUUCUAAAAUCCCAUUUUUGGAUAGCCCUGAAGAUGGACUCCCGCUGGGUCUGUCUCCUCAUCCUUGCAGGUUUGUCAGAGGCUGCUGCCCAGGAAGACCUAACCAGAAAAGUCUUUGUCUUCCGCACGGAGCCUAGCGAGGCCUACAUCAUCCUCAAGCCUCUUCCCAAGGAGCCGCUGCAGAACCUCACCGUCUGCCUGAGGUCCUACACGGACUUGACUCGGCCCUAUGGCCUCUUCUCCUACGCCACUGAGUCUGAGGACAACGAAAUCCUGAUCUUCAAGCCCAAGCGGGGAGAAUACCGGGUGUACAUCGGUGGAGAGUACUUGUCCUUCAAAGUCCCAGAGGACACCCUAGACUGGGAGCACGUCUGUUUCGGGUGGGAAUCGGCCACCGGCAUCGCCGAGUUCUGGAUGAACGGCAAGCCUUGGCCACGCAAAGGCUUGAAGAAAGGCUACGUGGUUGGCUCCGGGGCCUUCAUCCUGUUGGGCCAAGAGCAAGACCGCUUUGGGGGCACCUACGACUCCUACAACUCCUUCUCUGGAGAACUGACGGACGUCUACAUGUGGGAUUUCCUCCUGUCUCCUCACAAGAUGCGGGCGGCCUACCAGGAUCUGCAGCUGCCCCGAUGCGCUCUGGGCUGGAAGAACCUGCACUAUGAAAUCAAGGGAGACGUGGUGGUGAAGGGCAGGCUGAGGUAAAGGAAAUGAAGGGAAUCCAGCCUCCCAAGCAGAGUAAUCAGCCUUUUCUGUCCCAAAUUCUAACAGCCACCGAGCUGUUGUGUGGCACACUGAGCAUUUUGGAAAACAAAAAACAAGCUGUGAACUUCCACUCAUCCACUUGGUUUAUUGCAGCUUCCCCCUCCUGGUCACCUGGAAACACAUCUCGCUCGCCAAAGGCGACCAGGCAAGCGUGUGUUUACAAAUCUGCUCUCGGUGCCAUCCACAUGAUGAUUUGCCGGGUGACGUUUUGCCGCUGAGGUGUUCUGCUGCUGCUUUGCUGGGUCUGUUCUGGAUUUGGUGUGGUUCUAACUGAAAUGUAAUGUUCUCUCCCACCUCCUUUCC